CCCGCCACAGGCUGCCGUCUUCUGAUUGGACCCGACCGGAACAAGACGGGGAGGCUCACUCACACAAACAGGCAUAAAACCCGCGCGCACUUCGACAGACACUUGAGGAGGAACUUUAGGACAGAAGUUUGCAGCAGCGGCGCGUUCAGCAGCUGAUAAAGGAGCUGGAAGCCGCUCCUCCUCACCUCCGUCAGCAGGAGAUUUUCAUGGGGUUACGUUUAGCGUGAAGUAAAGGCGACUGUGGACACGUGAGCGCGCUCAGCUUUAACUUUUCCGAAGAGCCCAACAUGUCCUUGGAGGUGAAGGAGAAGACGCAGGUGCGCGUGGUCUUCCUGGGAGCCGCGGGGGUCGGGAAGACGGCUCUCAUCCGGCGCUUCCUGCAGGACUCCUUCGAGCCCAAACACCGGCGCACCGUGGAGGAGCUGCACAGCCGGGAGUACGACAUCGGCGGGGUCAAAGUCACCGUGGAGGUCCUGGACACCAGCGGCAGCUACUCCUUCCCCGCCAUGCGCAAGCUCUCCAUCCAGAACAGCGACGCCUUCGCGCUGGUGUUCGCCCUGGACGACCCGGAGUCCCUGGAGGCCGUCAAGAGCCUCCGGGACGAGAUCCUGGAGAUCAAGGAGGACAAGUACGCGCCGAUCGUGGUAGUGGGGAACAAGGCGGACCGGGACAAGGAGCGCCGGGUGUCCGCCGAGGACGUGCUGGCCACCGUGGAGAUGGACUGGAACAACAGCUACGUGGAGGCGUCCGCCAAGGAGAACACCAACGUGGUGGAGGUGUUCAAGGAGCUCCUGCAACAGGUGAACCUGCCGAGCCGCCUGAGCCCCGCGCUGCGCAGGCGCAGGGAGACCUUCCCGAAGGACACCGACUUCAGGCCGCCCAUGAACAAGACCAACAGCUGCAUCCUGUCGUAGACGAGGAGGCGGACGCUGGCGCACAGCUGCGGCUGCACACACAAUCCUGGAUGUUCGAAUCCCGGAUGAGCGACGGGCGUCCGAGGAGGAGCGAGGCUCUCUUCUGUGUUGUUCAACAUGUUGUUGCUGCUUAUUUGGUGCCACAUGUUGCUGGUGUUUAGAUCAACCGGAGCUGCAAACAUCUGGACAAUGGUUGCUCAUUGUUCGUUUUAAUGUGACUUUUUCCAGUCAAUCACAUGUAGCACAGCAUACGUUUACAAACUCAGCCUAUAUGGUAAAUUUCUAUAAAGGAUGACAUAUUCUCAUGUUUAAAACACAUUUUAAGAAGAGUAAAAUAAAAAUAAAAAUGUCAAAGCACUUUUUCUUUUGAAAUCAAAACAUGUUUUUAUUGUAUAAAUUGUACAUUUUUAAUUACAUAUUUUUUAUGUGCCAUGUAUUCAUAAAACUACUGUGUACAUGAAAUGUUGUAGAUGUUUAAUAAAAAGGUAAAACAACAAAAGAG